UUGCUAAAUUUUCGUUUCUACAAGUGUGCAGUGCAGUGCGCCUCUGGUUUCAGGUAUCGAACAGUUUCUUUUAUUGCUCCAUGUUAUCACUACACAACACCAAAUGCACGGAACGGUUUUUACCUGUCACCUGUGUUCCGAGGAAUUGAUGCUAAGACCGGAAAUUUUGAGAGUUUUAAGCACAGUCCUCUGAUAUGUCACAUAUUCUCAAUGAAUGGUGUUAGAUGCCUAAUAUCACUAUGGAAAUGGACCGAGGCGGAAAGGAUGACACAUCUCAGACAGCGAAUUAAAGGCCUAAUUUUUGACAGUGCUCCCGCUCGUACGAGGGCUGGCCCGGAUUCUCUUGCUGUGGUCCUCUCCACACCGCCCAUGGAAGGGCUUAGCUGGGUUAGCACGGAGACCAGACGCAAAAUGAUUAUGCUGGGAUUCAACCUCAGAAAAGCUAUGUGCUCCCGCUCGUACGAGGGCUGGCCCGGAUUCUCUUGCUGUGGUCCUCUCCACACCGCCCAUGGAAGGGCUUAG